AUGGAUUCUUAUGAAACUAAAAUAUGUGAUUUUAAAAAAUGGGAUAAUCCUAAAGCGCGUUUUGAUUACAUUGUUUUAGAAAAAUAUAUUUACUUUUUUGAAACUAAACAUUUUGAACAACCAUCAAUUAAUUGGGGACAUUUUAUAACACAUCGUGGAGGAAAUUUUUCAAUUUUUGAUAGUGAAAAAAAUGUUUUUAUUGAAACUGGAAAAGAUAAAAUUGAAGCUAUUAAUGAAGAUGAGUUAACUGAAGAAAUUAUAUUUACAUGUGGUGAAAAUUUAUAUAUGUUACUUUAUAACAAGAGUAAAGCUGUUUCUUUUAAUAAACUUUAUAAAUGGGAUAUGUCAAAAUAUUCCUGGGAAUUUAUUUUUUCACUUACAGGUGAUACUAAUUUAAAAAGUAAAAAUAAUCAUGGAAUAGCUAAUGUCAUUAUUGCUAAUAGUUGCCAAGGUAAUAAAGCUUAUUCAGUUGUUUCAUAUAAUGGAGAUAUAAUUUUACUUUCAAUUGAUGUAAGUAAUGGAAAUGUUGAAAAUUUAUUUACAUUAUCAAGUGAAGAAAAUGAGUCAAGAUCAAUUAUUACUCAAGCUAUAUAUCAUAAUGGUAUUGUUGAUUGUUUUGGUGGUUGUCAUGGAUGUGGAUUUAUGCAUUUUUAUAACAAAAUGUAUCGUUUAAAUAUUGAUAACAAAGAAGGAAAAUUUAUUGAACUUGGAAAUGGUGGAUUUUUUGGUAUUAAUGUUGGUCUUUUAACAUUUGCUCAUUAUUUAAAAGAUAAAGAUUGUAUAAUAGUUAAAAGAGGAUGGACAAAUGGAGCUGGAAUGGGUAGAGUUACUUAUGAUGGUUCAAUUUGGGUAUUAGAAAAUUUACAAAGUGAAAAACCAAGAUGGAGAAAACUUUUUAAUACAGUUUCACAAAUAGGUGAACAAGGUGUACAAUAUUUUGCUGAUGUUAUUACUUCAAAUAAUAUGUUAUAUCAUGGAUCUUUAGAAUCAGGUAUAUUUGUUCAAACAUUAAAUUUUGAUGAUGCAAGUAAAAUUGUUAAAAAAUUAACAGGACCAUUUGGUGAUACUUUAAAUGAUGUUGCUGUAUAUCAUAUGAAUAAUAAAUUAUAUAUCUUAGGAAAAGAAUUAAUUUAUAAUAGUAAUAUGACAAUGCCACAAAGUAUAAUACGUAAAAACAAAAAAAUUUAUAUUUUUGAUUUACUUCAAAAUAAAUUAGAAACAACAAAUGAACAUGAAAUUAAAGGAAUUGAUUGUGAUGAUGAGUUAUUUGAAUCUGUAUUUGUUUCACAAAAUGAAUUAUAUAUUGCUUUAUUUAAUCCAUAUGAUCAUAUUAGUUUUGAGGAAUUAUACAAACUUGAUACAAAUAAUUUUCAAUGGGUAUCUGUUUUUAAAAAAGAAAAUAGUACUAAAGGAUCAUAUGAUAUUAAUAAAAUUUGUAAAAUGAUUGAAAUUGAUGGAAUAAGUUAUGGAAAUAAAUUUUAUGUUAUAUAUAGUGGUAAUACAUAUUCACUUUAUGAAUUGGAUAUUUCAAAAAAUGAAUUUUAUGAAAUUUGUAGUAAACAAUUUGAUGAUGUAUAUUGUGGUAAACCAAUAAGUGGUGUAGCAUUUGGUGAUUUUGUUUAUGUUCUUUAUGGACAUGAAGGAUGUGGUUUUAUGUGGAAUAAGAGUAAUUUAAUAUCUUUUGAUCUUGUUAAACGUGAUGCAAAAAUUAUUGAAAUUACUACUAAUGAAGAUGAACCACAAUUUUCAUUUUCUGGUGCUUCAGUUCAUCAAUUAGCACCUCAUAAAGGAUAUUGGCUUCAAAUGACUGGACAAAUUCGACAAGGAAUGUCAGAUUCAAUUUAUUCAGGUGACAUUUAUGCUAUCGAUUUUACCACAGAAAAUGGACCAUGUUGGAAAAAAAUUGAUGUUAAUAUACCUAACAAUUCUAAUAAUGUACUUUUUAUAUUUUUUGAUAAUUACAAGAACAGACUUGUUUAUGGUAAUCCUGGUACUGGAAUAUUUGAGCAAACAGUUAUAAUUAAUCUUGAUGAUGAAUGA